AUGGGUUCUGUUUCGACCGAGCUGAUUUCAAUUGAGAGCAAGCAUCACCAGUCAUUCCUCCUGCACAAGGCAGAAAUCAGAUGUGUCAAACGCAUCAACGCAUCCGAUUGGGACUUCGACAUACAUGGCGGCCAGUGGUGCCCUCCGGCUUGGGACCGACUCCUCUGCUGGGACAAAGCCCCUGCAGGACAGACGGUUCACCAGCGAUGUCCCAACUACAUCAGCGGUUUCGACCCUGACCACUAUGCUGAGAGAAGCUGCACUGAGAACGGAACAUGGUGGUUUAAUCCGGACGUCAACAAGACAUGGACCAACUUCUCACAGUGCAGUCCAACCUUGAACCUCGAGAACCACGAGCCGGGCGCCAACAGACUGGAGCUGCUGUACCGGGUGGGGUACGGGAUCUCCCUCGGCUCCCUCAUCAUCGCUGUCGUCAUCAUGUUGUGCUGCAGGCGGCUCAACUCCAAGAGCAACACGCUCCAUAUCAAUCUAUUCUUUGCCUUCAUUCUACGAGCCUCGAUUUCAUUCAUGAAGGGGGCGCUGUUUGUCCGCGAGGUCGGCCUUGAGAAGGAUGUGAGAGAGAAGGAAGACGGCACAUUGGAGUUUAUAGAAGAGGGGUCGCAUUGGGAGUGCCGCCUUAUUGUAACGAUCUUCAUGUAUUCCAUCUGUGUGAGUCAGCUAUGGAUCUUCAUGGAGGGUCUGUAUCUCCACAACCUCAUCUACAGGACUCUAUCCACGGAGAGGAGAGGUGUCAAGCCCUACAUAUUCCUUGGAUGGCUCUUGCCUUUCACAUUCCUUAUACCCUGGGUCGUCGUCAAAUAUGCUCUGGACAACCAUUUCUGCUGGACCGUGACUAAAAGGAAAGAAUUGUUCUGGAUGAUACACGGACCUCUGCUGGCUACAGCCGUGAUAAACUUCAUAUUCUUUUUUGGAUAUAUUACGAGUACUGUGUACGAGGGUCCGAGCAUCGGCACGACACAUGGGGCGUACUUUGUGUCACAACUGAAGCCCAUUAACCUGCAGUCAAGACGAUUGGCCAAGUUCGUGUUGGUUCUAAUUCCCUUAUUUGGAGUUCUGUUCAUCGCAUUUCAUGUGGCUUUCCCCAUCAGAUUCAAAAAUAAAUUCGACCUGACACAUCUCUAUAUAGAGAUGACGUAUAAUUCCUUUCAGGGAUUCAUACUGUCGCUGUUGUUCUGCUUUUUAAACGAGGAGGUCCAUGCAGAGAUAAAGCGCAUGUGGUAUAGAAGGAAGAGUAGGCGUGGUGACAGUGUGGCCUUGACGAAAUCAUUUGUGGUAUCCUCCUUUAAGAGGGCUUCCUAUAUCAACAGAGGACAAGUACGAAAAAACGGUACAAUAGUGCCAGUGGAGGUUCCCAAAAAUGACGAUAUUUUAGCCAAAUUACGCACAAGGGCUUUAAGAUUAUUCAGAAAGCAGGAAAGUAUUGACGAUGGAGAACUGAACGAACUCCAAUCUGUUGGAGAGAGCAAAAUAGCCAAAGACAAGAACGAUAACCGUGCAGAGUCUUCCAGUCGUGGGGAUUGUUCCGAUCGGGUAUCGUGAAUGCAAUCGGAGUAGAUCGUUUUUCAAAAUGUUUGUACAAUGCAAUGCGGGAUUCCGAUUGUCAGAUGUUGAAUGGUGGACCAGCGAACUGUAAAUGUGCACAAAUUAAUUGUGAUCGUGUGUUGAUCACAACAAUAUGCUUAAACGUUAUGGCAUGUUCAGUGUUAAAGAACAUAUAUCAUGUGGACAUUUUCUUCGAAUCUGCCUAGAACCCGGAUGAUGGAUCGCGCUUGAGGUCCAUGGAGUAUUUAUCUCGGAUUUGACAUUGCAAGGAUGCCUAUAUGUCACCAUCAACACCUUAAACAUUUUGUAUUGACAGAAGCAAUGCCAAAUCCUUGUUAACAGUUUGAAAAUAAGUAUUGUGUUUCUAGAGAAUCAAUAUGUGUAUGAGUCGUUGUUCAAAGGGACUGGGAUUUUUUUUAUGUUUUUUUUUCAGUUUUGUACAGUAUUCCCUUAAAAGUGUAACCUGAAACAUCAUUAUGUUUCAUGGAACCAUACGCUUGUGGUAACAACAGGUGAGAAACUAUUUUCCAUUUUAAAGCAUUUAGAGGAACGUUAUUAUAUUUUAAGGAAUCCCGUGUACCCGUAUUGUCAGUCUGGUGGUUUAUCAAACGUUCGUAAUGAGAGCCUCUGGUAAAGAGGCACAGAGAUGUAUAUUUACCUUCCAUGGUCAGGGACAUGUCAUCGCAUCCCAGUUACGUAGAUGGAUGCUCAUGCUGUUGGUCACUGGAGUGUCUGGUCCACACUCGAAUAUUUACGUGUGCGACGUCAAAUAACAAACCGACCAACCAAUCACGGGUUAGGGAGGUGAAGUAGGGUUUAACGUCGGUUCGAGGUUAUGACGCGUGUGUGUGAGUGUGGACGUGGUUUUGGUGCGAGAGUGUGCGUGCAGGCAUGUGUGUGUGUGUGUUUGUUUGUGUGUUUGUGUGCGUGCGUGCAUGUGUUUGCUUGUACCAGUCCAGACUAACGUCGGUUCGAGAUUAUAGCGCGUGUGUGCUUUCAUCUGAGUGUGGUUUUGGUGCGAGAGUGUGUGUGCUUGUGUGCGUGCAUGCUU